UGACCCUCUAAAGUCGAAGUGAACUAGAUCUACAUGCUCCUAUUUUCUACCUUUGCUGAUAUGUUUCAGUACUGGUUGGCUGUCUACCUCUAGUGAACGAGUGUCUGCUAGUAUCUAAGAAGUAACGGGUGAUGUGACUAUGAAACAUCUCCAGCAUGUUGGUAUAUUGAGGAACUGCAUUUUUCUUUGUUCUUGGAGUCCUACUCCAGCGAGAUGGCAUAAAAUUCAUCAGCUUAUUCCUAGACUUCAGCUAUUGAAUGCAGGCAAACCAAUUCAAAGCUUUAUACAUCAACCAAGGAGAUGCUGCACCCAGGACUCCCACUCAUUGUGGCAAAGCAGAAUUUUGCAAAAUUAUCUGAAAUCUUUAAUCAAUGAGCACAAAAAUCUGAGUAAAAUGUUAGGUCAUGCAUCAAUUAAAGAGGAAGAUCGCAGGGCUGUGAGCAAGAGACUCAGUGAGUUAUCUCCUCUAACUGCAGUGCUACGGGACAUACAGGAAGUAGAACAGGAAGCCAGAGAAUUGGAAUCCAUGUGUGCCAAUCUGGACAGUAGAGAAGACGAGCAGCUCAUAGGUCUUGCACUAGAGGAAAAGGAGACUGUAAACAAAAACAUUGUCCAAUUGCGUGAAAAGCUCCUGCGGAUUCUAGUCCCUGAAGAGAAAUAUGAUAUGAGUGAUGCCAUAUUAGAAGUAACAUCUGGCAGAACCACUGGAGGUGAUAUUUGCCAGCAGUUUACCAAAGAGGUUUUUGACAUGUACCAAAAUUAUGCACUUUACAAGUCAUGGGCCUUUGAAAUUCUAAACUAUACACCAGCUGAAUAUGGGGGGUUGCACCAUGCAGCUGCACGCAUUUCAGGUGAAGGUGUCUACAAGUGCUUAAAGUAUGAAGGUGGUACUCACAGAGUUCAGAGGAUACCAGAGGUGGGCUUGUCCUCUCGAAUGCAGCGAAUUCAUACAGGAACAAUGACAGUCAUAAUACUACCACAGCCAGACGAGGUGGAUAUUAGAAUUGAUCCCAAAGACCUUCGAAUUGAUACUUUCCGGGCAAAGGGAGCAGGGGGGCAGCAUGUGAAUACAACAGACAGUGCCGUGAGGGUUGUGCACAUACCUACAGGGAUAACCGUGGAGUGCCAGCAGGAGCGUUCUCAAAUUGUAAACAAAGAGAAAGCUCUAAGGAUGCUGAGGGCUAAACUCCAUGGACAGACAAUUGAACGGGAAUUGUCUCAGAGACAGAGCGCUAGGAAGUUACAGGUUGGUACCAGAGCUCAGUCUGAAAGGAUCCGUACUUACAACUUUACGCAGGAUAGAUUAACUGAUCAUAGAAUAUCCUAUGAAGCUAGAAAUCUGAAGGAGUUCCUGAGUGGUGAGCAGCUGUUUCAUGAUCUUAUAAACAGAUUACAAGAAUCCGCUGAUACAGAAGCUCUUCUUGAGCUUAUAGAAAAGAAUUCAUCAGAACAGAGAAUACAUACACCAAACCAGACCUGACAAUUUAUUUUUUUGCAAAGCAGAAGUAAUCCUGAUGUUGUUUUUGGUUACCUAUAAGAAACAUUUGUGUUAGGUGUUUUAAAUUGACUUAUGACAAAUUAUAAUUAUGUAUCAUGUUUAUUUUAUAAUAAAAUUGUUUGUUUUUUUUGUUA